CCCCGGCGGGCGGCACCGCUGGUCUCUGGGCAAGGACCAGCUGGAGGAGCUGCUGGAGGCGCCCAAGCUGGUGAUCACGGAGCAGCCCAAGCAGCGGGGCAUGCGUUUCCGCUACGAGUGCGAGGGCCGCUCGGCCGGCAGCAUCCUGGGCGAGAGCAGCACUGAUGCCAGUAAGACCCUGCCGGCUAUUGAGCUGCUGAACUGCCACGCGAUCCCUGAGGUGAAGGUGACGGCAUGCCUGGUGUGGAAGGACUGGCCCUACCGCGUCCACCCCCAUGGCCUCGUGGGCAAGGACUGCAGCAACGGGCUCUGCGAGGUCGUCCUCAAACCCCAGACCAACCCCAAGCACAGCUUUAGCAACCUUGGUAUCCAGUGUGUGAAAAAAAAGGAGAUCGAGAUGGCGAUAGAGAAGAAGCUGCAGCUGGGCAUCGACCCCUUCAAAGCUGGGUCCCUCAAGAACCACCAGGAGGUAGACAUGAACGUGGUGAGGAUCUGCUUCCAGGCCUCCUACCAGGACAGCGCUGGGCAGAUGCAGCACCUCAGCCCUGUGCUCUCGGAGCCCAUCUUUGACAAGAAAUCCACCAACACCUCGGAGCUGAGGAUCUGCCGGAUGAACAAGGAGAGCGGGCCGUGCACGGGUGGCGAGGAGCUCUACCUGCUUUGCGACAAAGUCCAGAAAGAGGACAUCGCGGUGGUUUUCCGCAAAGAGACGUGGGAAGCGCGGGCCGACUUCUCGCAGGCUGAUGUGCACCGCCAGGUCGCCAUCGUGUUCAAGACGCCGCCCUACCAGCACCUGGAGCUGGCCGAGCCUGUGGAGGUGGAGGUCUUCCUGCAGCGGCUCACCGACAGUGUCUGCAGCGAGUCCUUCCGCUUCACUUACCUGCCCAAGGACCACGAUGCCUACGGGGUGAACGUGAAGCGGAAGCGGGGGAUGCCUGAUGUCCUGGAGGAGCUCUCCGGCUCAGAUCCGUACGGGAUUGAAGCCAAAAGGAGGAAGAAGCCGCCUGGAUACAUGGAUCACUUUGCUCCGCUGCCAGCUGCAGGUGCGUUCCCGGGAUGGGGGACACAUUUGGGGGCAGCAGUUAGGGCCCGGCCAGCACCCAUGUCACGACGCAGACUGACCCAGUUCUGCGUUGGGCUUGUACAGGCCUUUGCUGAGCUCUACAGGCUCAUACGGGCUCACAUCAAGCUCUAUAGGCUGGAGCAAACGCUUCCUGAACUUAUCCGGACCUGUGUCAGGCUCUAUAAGCUUAGCACACGUUGGGCCGAUACAAUCCCCUACGAGCUCGGUGUGGGUGCGUACGAGUACGCAGGAGCGAGCAGCGGCGCACACGAGCCCGCAGAGGCCGCCACGGGCGACUACGAGCUGGGCAAGGGCUCCUCGAAGGCCGUAGAGCUCGGGACAGGCCCCCACGAGCCCACAGAGGCCACCAUGAGCCUCUACGAGCUGGGGAAGGGCUCCUCGAAGGCCGUAGAGCUCGGGACAGGCCCCCACGAGCCCACAGAGGCCACCAUGAGCCUCUACGAGCUGGGGAAGGGCUCCUCGAAGGCCGUAGAGCUCGGGACAGGCCCCCACGAGCCCACAGAGGCCACCAUGAGCCUCUACGAGCUGGGGAAGGGCUCCUCGAAGGCCGUAGAGCUCGGGACAGGCCCCCACGAGCCCACAGAGGCCACCAUGAGCCUCUACGAGCUGGGGAAGGGCUCCUCGAAGGCCGUAGAGCUCGGGACAGGCCCCCACGAGCCCACAGAGGCCACCAUGAGCCUCUACGAGCUGGGGAAGGGCUCCUCGAAGGCCGUAGAGCUCGGGACAGGCCCCCACGAGCCCACAGAGGCCACCAUGAGCCUCUACGAGCUGGGGAAGGGCUCCUCGAAGGCCGUAGAGCUCGGGACAGGCCCCCACGAGCCCACAGAGGCCACCAUGAGCCUCUACGAGCUGGGGAAGGGCUCCUCGAAGGCCGUAGAGCUCGGGACAGGCCCCCACGAGCCCACAGAGGCCACCAUGAGCCUCUACGAGCUGGGGAAGGGCUCCUCGAAGGCCGUAGAGCUCGGGACAGGCCCCCACGAGCCCACAGAGGCCACCAUGAGCCUCUACGAGCUGGGGAAGGGCUCCUCGAAGGCCGUAGAGCUCGGGACAGGCCCCCACGAGCCCACAGAGGCCACCAUGAGCCUCUACGAGCUGGGGAAGGGCUCCUCGAAGGCCGUAGAGCUCGGGACAGGCCCCCACGAGCCCACAGAGGCCACCAUGAGCCUCUACGAGCUGGGGAAGGGCUCCUCGAAGGCCGUAGAGCUCGGGACAGGCCCCCACGAGCCCACAGAGGCCACCAUGAGCCUCUACGAGCUGGGGAAGGGCUCCUCGAAGGCCGUAGAGCUCGGGACAGGCCCCCACGAGCCCACAGAGGCCACCAUGAGCCUCUACGAGCUGGGGAAGGGCUCCUCGAAGGCCGUAGAGCUCGGGACAGGCCCCCACGAGCCCACAGAGGCCACCAUGAGCCUCUACGAGCUGGGGAAGGGCUCCUCGAAGGCCGUAGAGCUCGGGACAGGCCCCCACGAGCCCACAGAGGCCACCAUGAGCCUCUACGAGCUGGGGAAGGGCUCCUCGAAGGCCGUAGAGCUCGGGACAGGCCCCCACGAGCCCACAGAGGCCACCAUGAGCCUCUACGAGCUGGGGAAGGGCUCCUCGAAGGCCGUAGAGCUCGGGACAGGCCCCCACGAGCCCACAGAGGCCACCAUGAGCCUCUACGAGCUGGGGAAGGGCUCCUCGAAGGCCGUAGAGCUCGGGACAGGCCCCCACGAGCCCACAGAGGCCACCAUGAGCCUCUACGAGCUGGGGAAGGGCUCCUCGAAGGCCGUAGAGCUCGGGACAGGCCCCCACGAGCCCACAGAGGCCACCAUGAGCCUCUACGAGCUGGGGAAGGGCUCCUCGAAGGCCGUAGAGCUCGGGACAGGCCCCCACGAGCCCACAGAGGCCACCAUGAGCCUCUACGAGCUGGGGAAGGGCUCCUCGAAGGCCGUAGAGCUCGGGACAGGCCCCCACGAGCCCACAGAGGCCACCAUGAGCCUCUACGAGCUGGGGAAGGGCUCCUCGAAGGCCGUAGAGCUCGGGACAGGCCCCCACGAGCCCACAGAGGCCACCAUGAGCCUCUACGAGCUGGGGAAGGGCUCCUCGAAGGCCGUAGAGCUCGGGACAGGCCCCCACGAGCCCACAGAGGCCACCAUGAGCCUCUACGAGCUGGGGAAGGGCUCCUCGAAGGCCGUAGAGCUCGGGACAGGCCCCCACGAGCCCACAGAGGCCACCAUGAGCCUCUACGAGCUGGGGAAGGGCUCCUCGAAGGCCGUAGAGCUCGGGACAGGCCCCCACGAGCCCACAGAGGCCACCAUGAGCCUCUACGAGCUGGGGAAGGGCUCCUCGAAGGCCGUAGAGCUCGGGACAGGCCCCCACGAGCCCACAGAGGCCACCAUGAGCCUCUACGAGCUGGGGAAGGGCUCCUCGAAGGCCGUAGAGCUCGGGACAGGCCCCCACGAGCCCACAGAGGCCACCAUGAGCCUCUACGAGCUGGGGAAGGGCUCCUCGAAGGCCGUAGAGCUCGGGACAGGCCCCCACGAGCCCACAGAGGCCACCAUGAGCCUCUACGAGCUGGGGAAGGGCUCCUCGAAGGCCGUAGAGCUCGGGACAGGCCCCCACGAGCCCACAGAGGCCACCAUGAGCCUCUACGAGCUGGGGAAGGGCUCCUCGAAGGCCGUAGAGCUCGGGACAGGCCCCCACGAGCCCACAGAGGCCACCAUGAGCCUCUACGAGCUGGGGAAGGGCUCCUCGAAGGCCGUAGAGCUCGGGACAGGCCCCCACGAGCCCACAGAGGCCACCAUGAGCCUCUACGAGCUGGGGAAGGGCUCCUCGAAGGCCGUAGAGCUCGGGACAGGCCCCCACGAGCCCACAGAGGCCACCAUGAGCCUCUACGAGCUGGGGAAGGGCUCCUCGAAGGCCGUAGAGCUCGGGGCGGGCCCCCAUGAGCCUGCAGAGGCCGCCACGGGCCUGUACAAGCUCGGCAAGGGCUCCUCGAUUCAGACACAUAUGAGCUUUGCUUGUUUCCAUAUAAACCAUUAG